UGGUCUGAAACCCAGAUUUACAGUGCCACAGCACGAGGUUGCGCGCUCACUCUGUGUGAACCAUGGAGACGUUUGGUAACUCUACCGAGAUGCUGGCCCAGGAGAAAUUGAGCGCCGCCAGUUAUAUCUCUAUCGGGGUCUACAUGAUUGUUCUGACUUUGACGGCGAUACUGGGGAACUGUCUGGUUCUAUUUGUGUACUGGAAGAGGAGUCUGUACAAGAGACCCGUUAAUUGGUUCAUUUUGAACAUUUCGGUGGCGGAUCUAUGCGUCGCUCUGUUCGCCCACCCCCUGUCUGCUUCCGCUUCCUUUAAUCGAAGCUGGAAUCUAGAUGGUGUCGGGUGCCAGAUGUACGGGUUUUUCUGUUACAUCUUUGCUUGUAACAACAUUAUGACGUAUGCUGCCAUUAGCUACUUCCGCUAUCAAAUCGUAUGUGAGAACAAUUAUGUUGCUAGGAUACAGCGAGGGCGAAUCUUGUCCGUUUUGAUCAGUAUCUGGAUGUUUAGUUUGUUUUGGACCGUCUCCCCUUUGGUCGGAUGGAACGGCUAUGAGUUGGAGCCCUACAGGCUGACCUGUAGUAUCCGGUGGUAUGGUCACGUGGACAGUGACAGGGCCUACAUAUGCCUGGUCCUGCUCUGUGUGUACGUGUUUCCGCUCUCUGUCAUGAUCUUUUCCUACAUUCAGAUCGCCAGACAUGCCCGCCGCCUGUCCUGCACCUAUCCUUCUAGCAAUGAAGGUGGGAAUAAAGCCAAAUUUCUGUAUAACUUGGAAAGAGGGGCAACAAAGAUUUCGUUGCUGAUGACACUGUCUUUUGUGUUCACAUGGACUCCAUACGCCUUCAUGUCUACAGUGGCUGCGUCAGGGGUCACCAUUAAUUCCCCCGUUGUUCUGUUGCCGACACUUUUCGCCAAAUCAUCCUGUGCUUACAACCCAUUCGUGUUUUUCUUCAGUCAUAGCGCAUUUAAAUCCUACCACUUUGGAUUUUCCUCUUGUAUAAAGACCCCAGAAACACAAGAACAUCCUGGAGUGUACGUCAGCAAUGUCAGGUUCCGGAAUCGGGUGGGACCUUCCGGUGCCACCCACGCCACCAGCAGGGCGGGUAUACGUUCCUCCACGGAAGCCAUACCAAACGGUGACCAUUCCAAAGUAAUCCAACUAUCUGUUCAUCCCGUACAGCAAAGCAAUGUCCUAUGAUAUCUGUUGUAAUCAGCGUCAGGUGAUGGACAACUGCUAAAGCGCCGUCUGUGACACAACGCCAUACUGUAUUGGAUGUUUCUGUAUCUUUUGGCGCCCCCUGCUGAGCUUCAAACGUUCAAUGUGGCUAAAGGUCGUGAAGUUCCAAAUCGAAUGUAAUUAUCUUCAUAUCGACCCUGAAAGAACGGAUUAAAACAGCCUAAAACUGAGAAGAUAUGUGAAUCCCGAAAGUGAGGAUAACACCGAAGCUCCAAAAUCAGUGAACUGUGACAUGUGCUAUGUGCCAUGUGACAAUAACAAAUUAUUGUUGUAGCAAUUUUAACCAAAUUAGUAUUGAAUAAAAUAUUAACUUGCAGUGCAGAAACGGGUGCUUAAGUGGCGAUUUUUGUCCACAGAAAAAAAGUUGUAUUUAUGUACAGAGGAUUCAUUUGUUAUGGUUUAUUAAACGAAUCAUUAUGGGUCUAAAUUUGGGUACAGCUAUCUAAGGAUCUUAUAAAAAUGAUUCUGAAGUGGAUUUUUUUUAAACCAUUCUGAUAUAUGACAAUCCUUAAAGGAAGCCUCUAUGAUUAUAUUAGCACAUCAUUCAGAUUCGGUCAGAUGUAGUUCAUUUCAUAUAAAGCCUUCAAUUAUCGCUCUAUAUUUACAUUUUCCAGUGUCUUUGUCUGUAAUUAUACUACAAAUCGAUUUUGUAAUUAAUACUCCAAAACAUUUC